CAUCCAAACAUGUCAGUAUUUGUGUGUCCACAUAACCUGAUGUGUUCUCUAGUGCCGUUUUAAAUGUGAAUUUACCGAUACAGUUCCGUGAAAUGGGACUGUCCACAAAUUGAUUCGCUUUCAUUUAGGGGUGCGUGUCAAUUCCGACGGAGCAUAGUGGUGCAAUGGCUCCUGUACCUUUGGAGGGUCUUCAGAACCCGGUUGCGAACGCCGUGGCGCAAGGCGGUCUCGGUGGUCCCCAAGAAGGUAACAGGGGCGGCAUGAUCUCAUUAGCCAUGCUAAUUGAUUUCAUUGUACAAAGAACUUACCAUGAGCUAACUGUACUGGCCGAACUUUUACCAAGGAAAACUGACAUGGAAAGGAAAAUAGAAAUUUAUAACUUUUCAACAAGGACAAGGCAGUUGUUUGUUCGGCUACUAGCACUUGUCAAGUGGGCUAACAGUGCUUCCAAAGUGGAGAAGUCUGCGAGAAUAAUGGGUUUCCUGGAUAAACAAUCUCUUCUCUUUGUGGAAACCGCCGAUAUGUUGGCCCGUAUGGCCCGUGAAACGCUAGUUCAGGCCCGCUUACCCAACUUCCACAUUCCGGCGGCUGUGGAAGUACUGACUACAGGGACCUACGGUCGAUUACCUGCAUGCAUUCGUGAAAAAAUUGUUCCACCUGAUCCCAUAACGGCCGUUGAAAAGCGCAACACACUACUUAAACUCAAUCAAGUCAUUCAGAAUAGGCUUGUAUCCGGAAAUUUGUUGCCCCAGAUGAAAAACUGCAAGAUAGAAAACGGCAGAGUGAUAUUUAACGUACAACAUGAAUUUGAGGUGUCGUUGACGGUGAUGGGCGAUGGACCCAAUAUACCGUGGCGACUACUCGAAAUUGACAUCCUUGUUGAAGAUAAGGAAACGGGCGACGGCAAGGCACUGGUUCAUUCGCUUCAAGUACAGUAUAUUCACCAGUUAAUACAAAGCCGGCUCGUCGACAAUUCUCAACCUCUGGCAGAAGUUUACAAUUGCCUGCAUUUCUUCUGUCAAUCUCUACAGCUUGAGGUGCUUUAUUCGCAGACCUUAAGGCUCAUGCGUGACCGCCUCGAUGAUCACAUUCACGUUGACGAGUACAUACCCGGAAAAUCUUUGACUGUGUCGUACUGGAGGGAGUUGACGAUUAAAGGUAAAGAACUGGCCAACAAGGACUUAAGAUCUGAAUUAGGAUAUAGAUUGACUGUACAAGUAGACGUUCAUGAUCCAGCUAGGCCUCUUGCUGUUUUACAUGUACCAUCUCUAGGGAAUAAGGAAUGUGAGAUAGCAGAUAGAGCCAUUCGUUCAGAAAUACUCUCAAUGGAACGAUUAUUGGUUCACACGAUUUACGUCAGGACGAAAAGCCGUUUGACCGAUAUAAAGUUGGAGUUACAAGAAAUGCUAAAAGAUGUUGAAUGUAACCUGCAGGGUUUGCCUGCGAUUCUCUCCGUGGCGGUGCUACAGCCGUGUCUGCGCGCGGAACAACUGCUCAUCACGGUGGACACGCACACCGGUAUGCUGCAGUGUCACGUGCCGCAGUAUGACCCGCCCCUCGUACCUGAACUGAACAACGCUUUGAACGGCGACCACUCGAAGUUGCCCAUGCUGAUCUCCGAACUGCGAUUUUGGAUCACGCAACGCCGCUGCGAAAAGACGUUGCAGCACCUUCCAGCUACAGCUUACGAACGGUUGCCACUCAUGCACACGGCGGACCACGAAAUCAAUCACAUUGGGAAGCACAGGAUGUAUGUACAACUGCACAGGCAUCCUAAUGUUGUGUUGGUCAUUGAAUUUAAAGAAAAACCUAACAGCCCCUGUGAAAUUGACUGCCUGUUUCACAUAGUAGUGGUUCGCCAUUCAAGCGUCGAGGAAAAUCCUAAUGACGAGUCAAUCGAAUCAGAAAUACCUAAAGUUUAUCUAAAAGUACAAACUGUCAUCGAGUUCGACACAUUCGUAGCAACUCACGGACCAUUUACAAACGUUGAUGGUUCAUGCGACUCAGACCACACCGAACCGAACAGCCUGAAACGUAAAGGCGGUAUUAAAGUAGAAUCAGCCACCAGGAGAUCCAAACAACCUGCAUAUUUCGUGUCGGAACUGGCUCACGUCGUGGCCAUGUGUGACGAACGUUUACCUUAUGUUUCCUUAGCAAAGGAGCUCACAAAUCGGAACGUGUUCCAUCAAGGUGUACAAGUUGAAGCCAAUGCGACUGGAUUGGUGCUCAAGUUUAUUCAGUUGCCUCCGCCGACUGCAGAAAUUGGCCAGUCUGCUGCUUGGCAUGCGCUUCUGAAACGAUUACUGUCCGCGUCCGUGCGGGUGCUCAUCAAGGGCGUAUUGAAGAGCUGGCUGGUGGAGUUUGUGUUCUACUCAACUCCUCUCAGCAGCACUCAUCCUAAAGAACAAGGCUCUAGAAGACCAAUAUACUUUCAGUAUGACAUGGCAACUAUUGAUAACACAUCGAAAACCGUGGAUUCGUUACUUAAUGAUUGGAGUCAAAUUGUUCAUCUCUAUACAAUAGUCCAUGAUCUUAGUGAAUAUCUUAAAAUAGAUAAAUACAGUUUUUUGGCAAACAUGUUUUGCAUAAAAUCCUACAACUACAGCAAACUGAUUCUUUGUUACGGUCCCGACAAAGGCGCUAUGGUAUCAGUAACUUGGAACAGCAUUGAAAAAGUUUUUAAACUAGCAUUUGGAGCAACGAAUAAUGCAUUGAACGCUCACUCUAUCGUACAGGAACAGCUUGAGUCGCACUUGAAUGAACACAGGAAUUUGGCACAAAUUGUUCAGCUAUUGCAUGAGACUUAUGAGCCAUUGCUAUCCAUUAGUAAAUUGCCUACAAUUCCUCAAUUAGGUGUACACAACACGAGACCUCAGGUUCCAGUGCAAACCUUCACCAUCAUGGCACAGUCUUGUAGUUUGAUUAGACUUUCAUAUCAGGGCAUGUAUUGCUUGGAAUUAAGAAUAUUGGGGUCAGGACUGGUCUCGCUGCGCGACGGUGCUUACAGUCGUUUUGACCGUAGCAACGUAGUAGACGUUUUCACUCCCACUCAAGGCUUAAAGACUUUUCUUAGCAAGUAUGUAGAUGAAAGUGCAGUAUUUCGACGGAGGUCACAGUCCGAAGAUGAUAACCCCCCAUCACCUAUGGAGGUGGAAGGUAGUUUUUUGAGCCAAUUGCGGCCUCCUUCACCGACAGGUCCUCGCGAUACUGGUCUUCGUUUCCACCACCCACCACAAACGCCACCGUCUGGAUCGAACCCGCAUACACCAGCCAGUCCACACACUGCUACUGGCGGCAUGUCAUCACACAAUUUCGGCUCCAGUCCAGCGACAACGUUUAGUUUGGCGUCUCCGACUUCUUUAACUACAAACAUCAACCCAUCGCCAAUGCCACACCCCAGUCCGGGAUCGGGAUUGGUGGCCAAUUCACCGUUAAAUCCACAACUAGCCAGUCCUGGAGGACUGCUGUCUAAUUCAAGUCCGGGACCUGCGUCGACCAACAUGCCGGGACAUUCACCUGUUAGCAGCUACCUACCAUCUGGCCACAACGACGGUAGUCCGUUCCCUUCACAGAGUAUGGCAUCUCCUGCGGCCUCAAAUUGGCCAGGUUCCCCUGGAAUGCCACGUCCCUCACCCGCCCGUCCUGGACAGUCGCCGGGUGGUGGUCCCGUCAUGCACAGUCCACAAUCGGCUUCCGCCGAUUUGAAACAGGGAGGCGGAGGCGCAGCUGGCGUGGGCCACUUAGCACGCGUAUUGCCCCAACGUUCAUGGGCAGGCGCCGUUCCAACAGUUCUCACCCACGAAGCUCUCGAGACACUUUGCUGUCCUUCUCCACAUCCGCAAGGUUUUCCGGGUCCUGAACUGGCACCGUUGGAACGGUUCCUGGGUUGCGUGUACAUGCGCAGGCAGCUGCAGCGUUUCAUUAACUCGGAGGCUUACCUUACCGUCAUUCAAAACACGGAGCCCGGCGUCAUUCACUUUAAAGUGGGUGAAAUAUUCCAGUGCAGAAUUGGUCUCAACACUCAACAUCUGCAAAGUCUUCAUUUGAAGAUUACUCCACUACAGGAUCACAAAGAUGUGUGGUCUCAGGAAGAUUUACAAAUUCUGGAGAAAUUCUUUGACACACGUGCGGCUACGCCUCCCUAUAAACCAACGUCGAUGUUUACUUUCUGCAACAUGUUGAAUGUACCGGUGAACGUUCUAAAAGAUUUCAUCCAAAUCAUGCGACUGGAACUGAUGCCAGGUUUGGUACAGCAGCAAGGAAUGAAGUGGUCAGUUCAGUGGAUGCUGCGCAUUCCGCCGUCUGCCACGCCCAUCGUACCGACGGGUAUGUCAGGCGUACUGGCAAUACGUAACAAAAUUCUCUUCUUCCUCCAAGUAAGCAGAAUAGGAGUGCAGUAUCCCGUAAACAUGGAGCCUCCUUCGAUUGUACUACCUUGUAUCUACGACAUAGGAACUAACGUAACGUCUCUAGCCGAGAAACGGGAGAUGGGUUCGGUGCCCGCACUGCAAGCAGCCAGUCAGAUAUUGAAACAAUUUGGUCACUUCCAGGCCAAUUUGGCCGAGUGCUCGGUAUUCCCGGCUAUCAGGGAGAUGUUGCUGAAUCUGACGUUGCCUAGCGAGCCACAACAACAGAGCCCUGCCGCCCCCGUCCAACAGAUACAGUCGCCAGCCAUGCAGAUGGCGCAGACGGGACAACCCGGGGGAUACAUGCCGAUGAUGAUGGGUCCGCAAUGAGAGUUGAGUUGUAAAUAUUUGGUAUCAGAUUAGAUUGCAGGUCCGAACGAAUUGUUGCGAUUCUUGUUUUAUAAAUAUUAUUAUUAUUAUUUAAAAGACGAUUGGAUCUGUCAUCUUUGUGACAUUGUAAUUUAAAUUAAUAAAACAAUUUUAAUUACAAAA